GGGGAUCACGUGGCUCCUUCCUUUCCGUCGCUGGCCGGCUGGGCGCGGGCGACUGCUGGCGAGGCGCGUGGAAUUUCGCGCCGCUUCCCCUUCGUCCCUUCUCCCGGCUCGGGCCACUAGGGAGUUAGCUGACGCCGGGUGAACUGAGCCUGCUGCCAAGAUGCCGGCCUACUUCCAGAGGCCGGAAAAUGCCCUCAAGCGCGCCAACGAGUUUCUUGAAGUUGGCAAAAAGCAGCCUGCCCUGGACGUUCUUUAUGAUGUUAUGAAAAGUAAGAAACAUCGGACAUGGCAGAAGAUACACGAGCCCAUUAUGUUGAAAUACUUGGAACUUUGUGUGGAUCUUCGUAAGAGCCACUUGGCUAAGGAAGGAUUAUAUCAGUAUAAGAACAUUUGUCAGCAGGUAAAUAUUAAAUCUUUAGAGGAUGUUGUUAGGGCAUAUUUGAAACUGGCAGAAGAAAAAACUGAAGCUGCUAAAGAAGAAUCCCAACAGAUGGUAUUGGAUAUAGAAGAUCUGGAUAAUAUUCAAACUCCUGAGAGUGUUCUCCUAAGUGCUGUAAGUGGGGAAGACACACAGGAUCGUACUGAUAGGUUACUUUUAACUCCUUGGGUUAAGUUCCUGUGGGAAUCAUACAGACAGUGUCUGGAUCUUCUUCGGAACAAUUCUCGAGUAGAGCGCCUCUACCAUGAUAUUGCCCAGCAAGCUUUCAAAUUCUGCCUCCAGUACACCCGGAAGGCUGAGUUCCGUAAACUGUGUGACAAUUUGAGAAUGCACUUAACCCAAAUUCAGCGCCACCAUAACCAAAGCACAGCAAUCAAUCUCAAUAAUCCAGAGAGCCAGUCCAUGCAUUUGGAAACAAGGCUUGUGCAGUUGGAUAGUGCCAUCAGCAUGGAACUGUGGCAGGAAGCAUUCAAAGCUGUGGAAGAUAUUCAUGGCCUAUUUUCCCUGUCUAAAAAACCACCUAAGCCUCAGUUGAUGGCAAAUUACUAUAACAAAGUCUCCACUGUAUUUUGGAAAUCGGGAAAUGCUCUUUUUCAUGCAUCUACGCUGCAUCGUCUUUACCAUCUGUCUAGAGAAAUGAGAAAGAAUCUCACCCAGGAUGAGAUGCAAAGAAUGUCUACUAGAGUCCUUUUGGCUACUCUGUCCAUUCCUAUUACCCCCGAACGUACAGAUAUCGCUCGACUUCUGGAUAUGGAUGGCAUUAUAGUUGAAAAACAGCGUCGCCUUGCAACACUGCUAGGUCUUCAAGCCCCACCAACGCGAAUUGGCCUUAUUAACGAUAUGGUCAGAUUUAAUGUGCUACAAUAUGUUGUUCCAGAAGUGAAAGACCUUUAUAACUGGUUGGAAGUAGAAUUUAAUCCACUAAAACUCUGUGAGAGAGUCACAAAGGUUCUAAAUUGGGUUAGAGAACAACCUGAAAAGGAACCAGAGUUACAGCAGUAUGUGCCACAACUGCAGAACAACACUAUACUUCGCCUCCUGCAGCAGGUGGCACAGAUUUAUCAGAGCAUUGAGUUUUCGCGUUUGACUUCUCUGGUUCCUUUUGUUGAUGCUUUCCAACUGGAACGGGCCAUAGUAGAUGCAGCCAGGCACUGUGACCUGCAGGUCCGUAUUGACCACACUUCUCGGACCUUGAGUUUUGGAUCUGAUUUGAAUUAUGCUACUCGAGAAGAUGCCCCCAUUGGUCCUCAUCUGCAGAGCAUGCCUUCGGAACAGAUAAGAAAUCAGCUGACAGCCAUGUCUUCAGUGCUUGCAAAAGCACUUGAAGUUAUCAAGCCAGCUCACGUAUUGCAAGAGAAAGAAGAACAGCAUCAGUUGGCAGUUACCGCAUAUCUUAAAAACUCACGGAAAGAGCAUCAGCGUAUCCUGGCUCGCCGUCAGACAAUUGAGGAAAGGAAAGAGCGACUUGAAAGUCUGAAUAUUCAGCGUGAGAAAGAAGAAUUGGAGCAGAGGGAGGCUGAACUUCAGAAAGUACGGAAGGCUGAAGAAGAGCGGCUACGCCAGGAGGCAAAAGAGAGAGAGAAAGAGAGGAUCUUACAGGAACAUGAACAAAUCAAAAAGAAAACUGUUCGUGAGCGUUUGGAGCAGAUCAAGAAAACAGAGCUGGGUGCAAAAGCUUUCAAAGAUAUUGACAUUGAGGACCUUGAAGAACUGGACCCAGAUUUCAUCAUGGCUAAACAAGUUGAACAACUGGAGAAGGAAAAGAAGGAACUUCAAGAACGCUUGAAGAAUCAAGAGAAGAAGAUUGACUAUUUUGAAAGAGCUAAACGUUUAGAAGAGAUUCCUUUGAUAAAGAGUGCUUAUGAGGAACAGAGGAUCAAGGAUAUGGAUCUGUGGGAACAACAAGAAGAAGAAAGAAUUACCACCAUGCAGCUAGAACGGGAAAAGGCUCUUGAACAUAAAAAUCGUAUGUCACGAAUGCUUGAGGACAGAGAUUUAUUUGUGAUGCGACUCAAAGCUGCUCGGCAGUCUGUGUAUGAGGAAAAACUUAAACAAUUUGAAGAGCGAUUAUCAGAAGAAAGGCAUAAUCGCUUGGAGGAACGUAAGAGACAACGUAAAGAAGAACGCAGAGUAACAUACUAUAGAGAAAAAGAAGAGGAAGAGCAGAGGAGAGCCGAAGAACAAAUGAUUAAAGAGCGAGAAGAGAGAGAACGUGCUGAACGAGCAAAACGUGAGGAAGAGCUUCGAGAGUAUCAGGAGCGGGUCAAGAAACUAGAAGAAGUAGAAAGGAAAAAACGCCAAAGGGAGUUGGAAAUUGAAGAAAGAGAGCGUCGUAGAGAGGAAGAGAGAAGACUUGGAGAUGAUCCACUUUCUAGGAAGGACUCUCGUUGGGGAGAUAGAGAUUCAGAAGGCACAUGGAGAAAAGGACCCGAGGCUGACUCUGAGUGGAGGAGAGGCCCGCCAGAGAAGGAGUGGCGACGCGGAGAAGGACGGGAUGAGGAGAGGCCCCAUAGAAGAGAUGAAGAUCGCCCUCGUCGCCUGGGCGAUGAUGAUGAGAGGGAAGCUUCCCAUCGGCCUGAUGAAGACCGGGCACCCAGGCGUGGGCCUGAAGAAGACCGCUUCCCUCGCCGUGGAAUGGAAGAUGACCGUCCUUGGCGUAAUGCGGAGGAUGACAGGCCUCCCAGGCGUGUGGGUGAUGAUGACAGGGCAAGUUGGCGCCACACAGAUGAUGACAGACCACCUAGACGAGGACUGGAUGAUGACAGAGGAAGCUGGCGGACAGCAGAUGAGGACAGAGGACCGAGACGCGGGAUGGAGGAGGACCGGGUGCCGAGGCGGGGAGGUGCUGAUGACGAGCGGUCAUCCUGGCGGAGUGCUGAUGAGGACCGGGGUCCUAGGCGGGGCCUGGACGAGGACCGGGGACCGUGGAGGAAUGCGGAUGAUGAUAGGGUCUCUAGGCGUGGUGCAGAUGACGACAGGGGCUCUUGGAGAAACGUGGAUGAUGAUCGGCUCUCUAGACCUGGUCCCUGGAGACCAUAUGUUAAGCCAGGUGGAUGGAGAGAGAAGGAAAAAGCCAGAGAAGAGAGCUGGGGUCCACCUCGAGAAUCAAGACCAUCAGAAGAACGUGACUGGGAUAGGGAUAAAGAAAGGGAUAGAGAUGGUCAGGAUCGUGAGGAGAAUGACAAAGACCCUGACCGAGAACGGGACAGAGAGCGAGAUGUGGAUCGUGAGGACCGUUUCAGAAGACCCAGGGAUGAAGGUGGUUGGAGAAGAGGACCAGCUGAAGAAUCUUCGAGCUGGAGAGAUUCAGGUCGCCGAGAUGAUAGGGAUCGAGAUGACCGUCGUCGGGAGAGAGAUGAUCGGCGUGAUUUAAGAGAACGGCGAGACCCAAGGGAUGACCGAGACCGGAGAGGCCCGCCUCUCAGAUCGGAACGUGAUGAAGUAAGCUCUUGGAGACGGGCUGAUGACAGGAAAGAUGACCGGGCAGAAGAGCGGGAUCCUCCUCGUCGUGUUCCUCCCCCAGCUCUGUCAAGAGACCGAGAUCGAGAAAGGGAAAGAGAUAGAGAUAGAGAAAGAGAAAGAGACAGAGACAGAGAAAGAGACCGAGAAAGAGAAGGUGAAAAAGAGAAGGCUUCAUGGAGAGCUGAUAAAGAUCGGGAAUCCCUUCGUCGUACUAAGAACGAGACUGAUGAGGAUGGGUGGACCACGGUGCGACGCUGAGUCCCAAGAUAAUGGAUUCAAACUCUUGUGUCUUGCAUAGGUUUGAUCACAUUCAAGGAUUAUUAUACUUGUACUCCAAUCUAAAUUGGAUUCUAUAACGUUUCACCAUAACACAAAAAGCAUGAACUUGUAUUAAUCCUAUAUAAUAGAUUGAUCAUGCACCCUAUCCACAGGAGGGUGGGAAACCAUGCCAUUUUCUGGAAUUUAAGGUGUUGCAUUAUUUCAUCAAUCAUUUGUUUACAAAAGGAAAAACUAGCAAAUAAAUUUAAAAUGUGAACCCCUCAGGUAUUGUAAUACCUGUAUCUUGGUAUAAAACGAUUUUUUUGAUUUUGAAAUAACUGGUAUUAAUUUUGGAACGAGGUAAGGUUCUAUUAAAGAAUAUGUAUUUGAAGACUAAACCAGUGGAUCUGAAACAGUUUUCACACCAGUAGCAAUUGAAACAUAAACUUCUUUAGGUAUUUUGAGGUAUUUACUAUUAACUAAAUUUAGAAAGUUUUUAGGUUCACUAUAAUAAGUGCAGUAAACAUUGGAGUCAGUGGGAUUUUCUGUAGAUUUUACUCAAGAAAAGGAGUAUAAAGCAGUUAGUAGUCUAUUAUGACAAUACUGCUCAAGUGCAAACUCUGAAACAAUACAGCUUUUACAUGUAAAACAUUUGGUAAACUAUUGCUGAGGGUUUUUUGUUGUUGCCAAUAGAAACUGCUUUCCAUUAAUGGAAAAUUCAUGCCUUUCAAGCAUUUUAAAUAUGUUAAUAUUUAUAAAUGUGGUUUGGAGAAAUGGUUUAAACUUUUUCUUAAUUUUCUUUUCAGGAUAGAUUCAAAACAAGUAAUUUGUAGUAAUGACUGUGUUGACUUCAAUUUUAGAGUGUAGUAGUUAUGUUAAAGAUUAACUAUUUGAUCAUAUUGAAGCCAACACAGAACUUGCUGCUGUGUUUUCUUUCUUCAGUGAUAAAUAAAAAACUUACAG